GAGAGUCACAAACACAAGCACCGAAGCAGAAACAGAAACAGAUCUAUUAUUAUUAUUAUUUAAGAGUCAGCACCGUCGAGAGAAAUGGCCCCGAUUGCAGUUGGCAACGUGAUCCCAGAUGGUACUCUCUCCUACUUCGACGACAAAGACGACCUCCAAUCUGUGUCCGUACACUCCCUCGCUGCCGGUAAAAAGGUCAUCCUUUUCGGCGUUCCCGGUGCCUUCACCCCCACUUGCAGCUUGAAGCAUGUACCUGGAUUCAUUGAGAGAGCGGAGGAGCUGAAAUCAAAGGGCGUUGACGAUAUUCUCUUGGUUAGCGUUAACGACCCCUUUGUGAUGAAGGCAUGGGCCAAAUCUUACCCUGAGAACAAGCAUGUCAAGUUUCUUGCCGAUGGCUUAGCAAAAUACACACAUGCUCUUGGUCUUGAGCUUGACCUUGGAGACAAAGGACUUGGCACUCGUUCAAGGAGGUUUGCUCUUUUGCUCGAUGAUCUCAAAGUGAAGGUUGCAAAUAUUGAAUCUGGGGGUGAAUUUACUGUCUCCAGUGCAGAGGAAAUCAUCAACGCUCUUUGAAUAUUAAUUAAGACACAUGGCUAUCUUUUGUCUCUAUGCCCUUUCUCCUCACUAGGCUCUCGUUCUUGUCUUCAAAUUAGAAUGUGGCGGAUAUAAAAAUAAAGUUGUUUCAACUAUUGUUGUGGAUCGUGGAACAAUCAGUGUGCUUAUUAUAUGAUAUUAUUACUUUUGGCCGUA